ACGGUACAUACACAAAACAGAGCCGCAGGAAUUCCCAUGACCACUCUGCCCUUCUCUCUCUCUCUCUCUCUCUCUCCCCGCUUUUCAGUUUUCACUAUCCUCCGUGGUGUGGACACGCGAACUUAUGAUCAAAUCGCUGCGAGUCCUUUUUGCUCGUGAUUUUGCUCUGAAAUGCUCGUGACAUUUUUCUUCCGGGAGCAUUUUAACGGAAUUCCGAACCGAGUUUUGUGGUCCAGAACGAAUCUCCAUUAAUUGGCCUCACCUGAUUCUCUGGCUUUUUGCUGGAUUGUUGGAGAACGAUCGAUCUUCAUUAUGGAGAUCGAUGUGUAGUGGAUACAUAUAUAAAUAUAGAUAAUACUGAUCGUUUCAUUGGUUGAUUGUUGAUCGAUGUUCCGGAGGAUAAAUGGGAAACGAUAAUACCAAAGGAAAUGAGGGAGAAGAAUCGAUUAAUGGAGAAGUGUUCGAGGUGGAAGAUCUGAAUCUAAGGGAUGGAACCGUGUCGUCUCCAGGAAGCGGACUUGCUUUGUUGAGAAACUCAUUGGAAGUGGAAUCGAUUCGCCGGAAGUUCAGCCGCGAGGGCGUCAUCGGUGGCAUCAGAGACCUUUCCGGUGGACUUGCCAUUCAUCCUGAUAACAGGUGGUAUCGGGCAUGGGUGAAAUUCAUACUGAUAUGGGCGGUGUAUUCGUCUUUCUUUACUCCAUUGGAGUUCGGCUUCUUCAGGGGGUUGCCCGAGAACCUCCUCUUCCUGGACAUUGCGGGACAGAUAGCUUUCUUUGUGGACAUUUUCUUGCAGUUCUUCGUUGCCUACAGGGACAGCCAGACUUAUCGGAUGGUUCAUAAGCGCAAGCUCAUUGCAGUUCGGUACUUGAAAUCUAGUUUUAUCGUUGAUUUUCUUGGUUGUCUGCCUUGGGACAUUAUAUACAAGGCUUGUGGAAGAAAAGAAGAAGUGAGAUACCUUUUGUGGAUCAGGUUAUGUCGUGUGCGCAAAGUCACUGAUUUUUUCCAGUCUAUGGAGAAGGAUAUAAGGAUAAAUUACCUAUUUACUAGGAUUGUGAAACUUAUUGCUGUUGAACUCUACUGUACACAUACGGCAGCUUGCAUCUUCUAUUAUUUAGCCACCACUCUACCUGCUGAAGAUGAAGCUCACACAUGGAUUGGAAGUUUGAAGCUGGGCGACUUUAGUUAUUCACAUUUUAGAGAAAUUGAUCUCUGGAAGCGCUACACAACUUCCCUCUAUUUUGCCAUUGUGACCAUGGCCACUGUAGGAUAUGGAGAUCUACAUGCAGUCAAUAUGAGAGAAAUGAUAUUCAUCAUGGUUUAUGUAUCUUUUGACAUGAUUCUUGGUGCUUAUUUGAUUGGUAACAUGACAGCACUAAUUGUAAAAGGAUCAAAAACAGAAAGAUUUAGGGACAAAAUGACAGAUAUGAUAAAAUAUAUGAAUAGAAAUAGACUUGGGAGGGACAUUCGUAAUCAGAUCAAAGACCAUUUGCGGUUACAGUAUGAAAGCAGCUACACUGAGGCUGCGAUUCUGCAGGAUCUUCCAAUCUCCAUUCGUGCCAAGAUUUCUCAAAAUCUAUACCAGCCAUACAUUGAAAAUGUUCCUCUUUUCAAGGGAUGCUCUUUGGAAUUCAUCAAUCAGAUUGUCAUUAGAGUGCAUGAGGAGUUUUUUCUCCCAGGAGAGGUGAUAAUGGAACGGGGAAACGCGGUAGAUCAACUUUAUUUCGUCUGCCAUGGUUCACUGGAAGAGGUUGGAAUAGGGGAAAAUGGAUUAGAAGAGAGAGUUUCAUUUCUACAACCUAGCAGCUCAUUUGGCGAAAUUUCUAUUCUUUGCAACAUUCCUCAGCCUUGCACAGUUCGGGUUUGUGAGUUAUGUAGGCUUCUACGGCUUGAUAAACAAUCCUUUACAAAUAUUCUUGAGAUAUAUUUCUAUGAUGGGCGAAAAAUCCUGAACAAUCUUUUAGAGGCAAAACAAUCUAGUUUUCUAGUCAAACAACUGGAAUCAGACAUCUCAUUUCAUAUUGGAAAGCAAGAGGCUGAACUGGCUCUAAAGGUAAACAGUGCGGCUCACCAUGGAGAUUUAUAUCAGCUAAAAAGUUUGAUUCGAGCUGGUGCUGAUCCCAACAAAACAGAUUAUGAUGGUCGAUCACCUUUGCAUCUUGCAGCAUCUAGAGGGUACGAAGAAAUUACGCUUUUCCUCAUUCAAGAGGGUGUUGACAUAAAUAUUUCAGAUAAUUUUGGGAACACACCAUUACUGGAAGCCAUCAAGAAUGGACAUGAUCAAGUUGCUUCAUUACUUGUUAAAGAAGGUGCGUCAUUAGAAGUUAAAGAUGCUGGCAAUUUUCUUUGUAUGGCUGUCAGAAAGGGGGAUGCAGAUUUUCUCAGAAGAAUUUUGUCCCAUGGCAUUGAUCCAAAUUCCAGUGAUUAUGAUCACCGGACCCCACUUCAUGUGGCUGCUUCUGAGGGGUUAUAUUUGAUAGCAAAGUUGCUUAUAGAAGCUGGGGCUAGUGUUCUAUCAAAGGACAGAUGGGGAAACAGUCCACUUGAUGAAGGUCGAUUGAAUGGAAACAAAACUAUGAUCAAGCUGUUGGAGGAUGCAAGGUCUGCUCAAUUGUUUGAAUUCCUUGAUCACUCUCAAGAAAACGAAGAUAAAGUGUUACCAAGGAAAUGCACAGUGUACCCUUACCACCCGUGGGACUCCAAGGAUAACAGAAAGCAUGGAAUUGUUCUAUGGAUCCCACACACCAUUGAAGAGCUGAUUGAGAAGGCAGCAGAUCAACUGCUGGUUUCUGGCGGGUCUUGCUGUAUUCUAUCACAAGAUGCUGGUAAAAUUGUUGAUACAGGCAUGAUUGAUGAUGCCCAAAAACUCUACCUGGUCACUGAAACACACCAAACUUAAAACAUCCUCAGUACUUGCAAUGCUUUUGGUUCAUGAGAUCAUCUAAUAAUUUGUCUCCAUUUGCAUUAGUGAUUUUGUUUGAUAUAAAAAAAAAAAAAAAAACACGACGGAUUUUAUGUCAAAUAUUAUUAAGAAGUAAAGUUGUACAAAUAUGAUUAAAAGUAAAGAAAAAAAUCAAAGGUUAAUUAAUGUCUUGCAAUGAAAUUUGUAUUCAUCA